CAACAACAUCCAGAUCUACACAGAACUUGAGCAUCAAACUAUCCAGAAAUUCUUCUACUACUUCAUCCUCAAGCCAGUUCCACAAUACAAUCACAAUGAAGUUCACCAGCACUACCGUCGCCAUCCUCAGCGCCAUGAUGGCGAAGACUGCCUUCGCCGCCAACUUCAACUACGGUGUCGCGACUUAUGAUGACGGGCAUCAAGAUCAUGCCAUCUGGGUUAAUGGCGAGAGCGCUUGCAACUACGCAUACCUCGGUUCCAAUAGCGAAAACCCUUGCUCCUACAACGGCGGCUGGUUCUCGCUCGAUCAAGUCACUUACAGGCUCACCGGAUGCGGAGGUUCAAGCUUCUGCAUUCUGAACGCUGAUGGGAGCGGAAACUCUUGUGCUCAAUACGUACCUGAAAACCCAAUAGGUGGCUGCUCGAACAGCUUUGGAUCAUACAAUGUUCAGCAACAGUACUACUUUCCCUAAGUUCUGUUAUAAACGCCUUCAAUGAACUUGGCGAUAGUGGAAGAUAUGGCGGGAGGUGCGAUUGUUAGGGAGGUGCGAUUGUUAGGGAGGUGCGAUUGUUAGGGAGGUGCGAUUGUUAGGGAGGUGCGAUUGUUAGUGAUGGAUUUAACCUUCUACGCUUUUUUAAG